AUGUCAGCACCAAACCCUAAGGCUUUCCCAUUGGCAGACUCUGCCUUGACGCAACAAAUCUUGGAUGUUGCUCAACAAGCCCAAAACUUGAGACAAUUGAAGAAAGGAGCUAACGAGGCUACCAAAACUUUGAACAGAGGUAUUUCUGAGUUUAUCAUUAUGGCUGCUGAUGCCGAGCCUAUUGAAAUCUUGUUGCACUUGCCAUUGUUGUGUGAAGAUAAGAACGUUCCAUACGUUUUCGUUCCUAGUAAGGCUGCUUUGGGUAGAGCAUGUGGUGUUUCAAGACCAGUCAUUGCUGCUUCAGUCACUUCAAACGAUGCUUCAUCAAUCAAGAACCAAAUCUACGGUAUUAAGGAUAAGAUUGAAACAUUGUUGAUUUAG